GGUACCGCGCGCACGGCCGCACGAGGUGCGAGCGACAUGGAGGGUUCCGCUUCCACCGCACCCUCAUCCUCAACCGCAGCCUCGGACUCCGCUGGCGCGACCCCGGCCUCCGUGGAGCAGCUGGACAAAGGACAGAUUAGAAAGGCAGUGGAAGCUCUGUUGACACAUUCCAAGUCCAGGAAAAACGCGAAUGGAUUGCUUUUGAAUGAGAAUGAAAAUUUCUUUUUAAUGGUGGUAUUGUGGAAGAUUCCAAGUAAAGAACUGAGGGUCAGAUUGUCCUUGCCUCACAGUAUUCGAUCAGAUUUAACAGAUAUUUGUUUACUUACCAAGGAUGAACCCAACUUAACUCCUGAAAAGACGGAACGUUUUUACAAGAAGCUUUUGAACAAGCAUGGGAUUAAAACCAUUUCUCAGAUUAUCCCCCUCCGAACUUUAAAAAAGGAGUAUAAAGCCUAUGAAGCCAAGCUCCGCCUCCUGGGCAGUUUUGACUUCUUCCUUACCGACGCGAGAAUCCGGCGUCUCUUGCCGUCCCACCUGGGGAGACAUUUCUACCACAGAAAGAAAGUUCCGGUACCUGUAAACCUUCUGUCCAAGAAUUUAUCCAGGGAGAUCAAUGAAUGCAUCGGUGGAACAGUCUUAAACAUCUCUAAAAGUGGUUCUUGCAGCACUAUCCGCGUUGGCCACACUGGAAUGGAGGUUGAGCACGUUGUCGAUAACAUCAUCACCGUGGCGAAGAGGCUUUCCCAAAAGUUGCCAGAGAAGUGGGAGAGCGUGAAGCUCUUGUACGUGAAAACCGAGAGGUCCGCUUCCCUGCCCAUCUUUUCCUCGUUUGUCAGCUGUCAGGAUGAAGCCAAGGGCAUAUGCACCCCCAGUCAGAAGAAGAAGGAAGCAAAGAAAAAACAAAAACAAAAAGAGUAUCGUGAAAAACAAAAAGAGAAGAAGAAAAACAAAAGGCUUAUGAAACAGGCUGGGAAGACUCCGUCGGGCCCAGAGAAGGAGGAUGUGAACCCUAAAACUAGUGGAACUACAGCACCGACCCCUGCCCCUGCCCCCGCCCCCCAGAAGGAGGGGUCCGGAGCCCGUGAGAAGAAAGAGGGCCGUCGAAGGAAAGCUCAGUCGAAGGUGCAGGAGGAAUCCGAAGACGAGAUCCCUGUGCUGGUGCCGAUAGGGGAGACACCAGCCAAAGGAAACGUAGAGGUGCAAAAACACACCGCAGGAAAGAAGUCUCCAAAAAAGAGUCCUGCUCUCAGCACACCCCGUGGGAAGAAGAGAAAGGCUUUUCCGGGUUUGGAGACCCCAAAGGCUGUGGAGCCCAAGACCCCAGGCAGUGGCCCGGGGAAGAAGCCAAGAAUCAAAGAAGACACAGAGAAAGAAAAAAACUCUUCACAGGGGAAAAAAGACCCAAGACAGAUGACCAAAAAGCCAGGGGCCAAGUUCUUCACCACUGCUAGUAAAUCUGCGAAAAAAGCUCCCCGCACUCCCAAACAGUGGCCCAAAAAGCCCAAAGUACCCCAGUCGACCUAAAAAUCCAGAGACUCAGGCAGAAGGGAGCAUCCACAUUCCCCAAAGAGCUUUUUAAAAAUGCAGGGUCCUGAGCCCCACACCAUGCAGUCUUCUCCGGGAGUGAGGCCCAGACUUCAAUAUUUUUUAAAACCUCCGCAAGUAGUUCUGACAUCCGUUUGUGCGCGUGAAAACCGGUAGUUUUGAAGUAAAUCCAUUUUUUUAA